UUCUCUUACUAUACCCAUAUAUAGGCGGAGCGAAAUAGAUAUAAAUUAUUGUGAGACAGUUGACAUUUAUUUAUUUUACUUUAUGCAUUUAGCACUAUUUAAAAUACUGAUUUAUGAGUAUUUUAGUUUGAUUAAGAUUUGAGAUAUUUGAGACCUAUUUUAUAAGAAGUUAUCAAAAUAAAUGAAUAUAAUACGCUCCACCAUAAUGAAUAUUACAAAAACUGGUGCCAGAUUUUACGCCAAUGGUGUAAAUCAACCAUUGAAGUCCAUAGCAACAAAAGAUGCUAAGGAUGCCGCCAAACGGAUAGUCUGGGUAGAUCUAGAGAUGACUGGAUUGGAUAUAGAAAAAGAUCAUAUCCUUGAGAUAGCAUGUUUAAUCACAGAUGCAGAUUUGAAUAUUGUUGCGACAGGUCCUGAUUUAAUUAUCCACCAACCUGAUGAUAUCUUGAACGGAAUGGGACCGUGGUGUGUAGCGCAGCAUGGUGAGAGUGGACUGACGGAAGCUAGUCGUAAAUCAAAAGUAACAGUGGCAGAUGCUGAAAAACAAGUUCUGGAGUUUGUCUCUGCCCACGCACCAGAGAAAAAAUGUCCGUUGGGUGGCAACAGUGUGUAUAUGGACAGGCUGUUCAUCAGUAAAUUUAUGCCAGAAUUAAACAACUACUUACACUACAGAGUUAUAGAUGUUAGUACGAUAAAGGAAUUGGCCAGACGCUGGUACCAAAAGGAGUUCUCGAACAUGCCUCAAAAAAAGUUCGAGCAUAGAUCUAUGAAUGAUAUUUUAGAGAGUGUUCAAGAGUUAAAGUAUUUCAAGGAGAAUAUAUUUAAAUCAUAGUUCUCGAUUUGCUAGUUACUUUUAGUCUAUGUCAACCUUAUUAAAUAAAUUCUUAUUUAGAAUGGACAUAAAUCAAAAUUACUUUACAUUGGUUUUAUUUUAUUUUUUCUUAAGUAUUUUUUUUUCGAUAUUGAUUAGCCCUAUUCAAUUGUGUUAUAUAUUGAUUCAUAAUGUUUUGCAAAUAUGCAGCUCAAGUUUUUGUUAUCUCGAAGCAGAUCUCAUAUGAUAUGCAAGAAGAUGUAACACUCAUAAUAAUGUGAUAUGAUGAAAUAAAACCGUUAAGUUCAAAA